CCAGGAGGGUCCAGAGGAUGAGCUGAUCCGGAACCAGCUGGAGAGAUGGCAGCGUACAACACAGGAGACGCCGUGCUGGUGGAGCUGAGUCCGGACAUACAUAUCUGCGGCUUCUGCAAACAACAGUUCAACAACUUCGACGUGUUUCUGGCCCACAAGCAGACCGGAUGUUCGAUCCCCGCCGGGGCCACCGACCCGUCGGGCCCCAGUGCCGCGGCCCCCCCCACAGAUCCCAGUGCAGAGUUUGUCUUCGAGGAGACGUACCAGACGUGUGUGAUGAGAGGCGUGAAAAAGAUCCUGAGCAAAGCCCAGAAAACACCUUCCAGGAAAUUAAAACCCGCGCUGACUUCAAAGAGACACAGCUGCUGCUUCUCAGGUUGUUCUUUCAAAACUCAGUACGGUCAGAAAGACAUGGAGCGGCAUCUGAAGACCCACACGGGUGAGAAGCCGUUUGAGUGCGAGCUCUGCCACAAGCGCUUCAGCCGGCGGGACAAGCUGAACAUGCACAGCCGGCUGCACACGGGCGAGAAGCCGCACAAGUGCAAACACUGUCCGUACGCCGCGGCCGACAGCAGCAGCCUGAAGAAGCACCUGAGGAUCCACUACGACGAGCGGCCCUUCAAGUGCCAGAUCUGCCCGUACGCCAGCCGCAACUCCAGCCAGCUCACCGUGCACCUGCGCUCGCACACCGGGGACGCACCGUUCCAGUGCCAGCUGUGCGACGCAAAGUUCAAAAUCAACUCCGACCUCAAGAGACACGUCCGGAUCCACUCGGGUGAGAAGCCGUUCAAGUGUGAGUUCUGUGAUUACCGCUGCGCCAUGAAGGGAAACCUCAAGUCUCACAUGCAGAUCAAACACGGCACGGAGAACUCCUUCCGCUGCGAGCUCUGCGACUUCACCUGCGCCAACAAGACGGCGCUGCGCCAGCACCUGAGGGAGCACCAGCCCCUGCAGCCCAUGCAGUGCGCCACGUGCACGUACUCCUGCUCCAGCAAGGGGGCGCUCAAGGUCCACGAGAGGAUCCACUCGGAGGAGCGGCCCUUCAGGUGUGACUUCUGCAACUUUGCCUCCAAGCAGCGCAGCAACCUGGUCAUCCACAAGAAGAAGUUCCACUCCGACAGGCCGGAGAGAGGCAGCGGCCGGGGAGCAGGGAGAAGCGGAGGAGGCGAGUCCCCGAAGCCGAUCGGCUCCCGGUACCGAGCCAAGCUGGACGCCGCCCGGGCGUUCGGCUGCGACGCGUGCCACGCCUCCUUCGUCCGGGAGGACUCGCUGCGGAGCCACAGGAAGCAGCACCGAGACGCUCAGAGCCACGAGCUGCAGAUCCAGCUCUCCGGCCCGGACCCGGUCAGCCUGGUUCCCAUCACGUCCCAGUGCCCCCCCCAGCUGGAGGUCCCGCCCCCGUCGGACCCGAUGGCUCCUUACAGCAACGCACAGCUCAAGAUCCUCGUGUCUCACCCGCUGGGGAACCAGAACCCUGUGAUCCCAGCCGGUGUGGAGCGCCUGGGUAAGACCAGCGUGGUGCUGCUGAGCCCGGAGAACCAGGACAUGGUGGUGAACUCCAUGAUCCAGCAGGUCAACCUUCUGACCCCCAUGCAGCCGCUGGGGGCGUGUCCGACUGCAGAGGCUUCCCUCGGACCCCAGACAGUCCUGUUGACGCAGCUUGGCGCCGACCACACCCACAACCCGCUCCACCAGGCCGGCACAGACCACACCCACAACCCGCUCCACCAGGCCAGCACCAACAACUCGCUCCACCAGGCCGGCACAGACCACGCCCACAACCCGCUCCACCAGGCCAACGCACACAACCCGCUUCACCAGGCCAGCACCAACAACUCGCUCCACCAGGCCGGCGCAGACCACACCCACAACCCGCUCCACCAGGCCGACGCCCACAACCCGCUCCACCAGGCGCUGCUGCAGACGGCCAUCAGCCCUCAGGACGCCAGCAGCACGCAGGCGUUCAUCACCACCUGCUCUGAGCUGGACGGCCUCAACGCCCUGAUCCAGGAGGGCGGCACCGAGGUCACCGUGGUAACGGAGGGGAAAGCCGCCGCGGUGACCACGGCAACGCAACCCGACGUGGCGUGCGGCCCAUCGGAGGACAUGUUGACAGUUAAGGUCGAGGAGAACGCCUUAGCUCCCGAGGAGAGUGCGUUACUGGCGCCGGGUCUGGGCCUGGGCGGACAGGAAGUGGUCGUCCAUGGCGUCCCACUGGUUGUGUCCACGCCGCCACAGCAGAGAACCGUAGAGCCGCUUCCUCCUCACACGCUCUACACAGACUCACACUCGCUGGAGGAGAUCACACAAUGAGCCGAGUGUUUGUUUUCAAAUUAAAAGAUUGUAACGGCAUCAUAAGCUAUUUUCUCUGCCAGUAAGAACUUUAUUUUGAAGGAGACGUUUGUGCGGGACAUCGACUAAUAUCAGUAUUUAGUUUCUAGCGUUUAAUUUAAUUUCUAACCACUGAAAAUAACAACACCUUUAACUUUAUUAUUAAUGCUCUAGUUUCCACAUUGUAGAAUAAUGAAUUGUCGUAGCUCCGGACUAUUUUAACACUGAAAAGCUUUUGAAUAUGAAACUUAAUCAUUCGCACACAUCUUUAGUUUCAUACGCUCUAUUUUUCAGUUGUAUAAAACGUGCAGACAUCACUGCUAAACCUACGAUCAAGUGUAGAAGAAUAAAGUCUGAAAAUAAUGGUCACAACUUGAA